UCGAAAGCAUCGUGUAUCCCCGUCACCCGGCUAGAGGGGGACUUGCGGACCGUGUGGAUCGGUGCGGUUCGAGGCCGCGUUGGUUGUGUGAAACGUGAGAACCUCUCCCGGAAUCCUCCUCGUCCGUGACCAAAUUCGUGCGCGUGUCGGCGGGAGCCGAUCUUCGUCUUCGUCGUCUUCGUCGUCCUCGUCGUCGCGGCGCUUCUUCGAGAGGAAGGUAAUGGGUGGAAAUCUCGCGUUGUAAAUUCGGUGAACGCAGUCGAUCAGGAGAGGAGUAACUCUUUCUCGUCGUUCCUCCCCCUUUUUCCCCCCGCGACUCGUAAUACGAUCCGCGAUGCGAUGUCUGUGUGAUAUAUACGUGUGAAAAGUGUUUUUUUCCCCCGCCAGUACUGUCUUGUCGCCAUUUCACUCACGCACCUCCAGCCCGGAGACCGAGAAGAAUAUUUUGCAGACGGAAGCUGGGGACGAGGCUCAAUCGAAGGUGUUUGUGUGACGGAUCGUCGAAAAGCGCAGGAUGUCUCGUGGCACGUGGCACCAGUGGUCGGUGCUCUUGCUGCUUCUGCUGGCCACGCGAUUUCUCUCCGUCCACGGACAAUGCGGAUCGUACGCCCAGGACCGACAGGAGAAGCAGGACAAGCAGGACAAGUUGGCGCUUUACAAGGUUAUCCUGAGGACCUACUGGUCGAGGGCGCGAUUCCCGCGACAUUAUCCGGAGUGGAAGCCCCCGGCGCAGUUUGGCAAACUGAUCGGUCGGACGCACGACUCGACUUACACUCUGUACAGAUUAGGCGAGAGACUGUCUACGGGCGCCAGGUUGUACGUGGAAACCGGAAGAGCUGAUGGAUUGGACACGGACGGGGAUUCGCCCAACAGCCUGCACUCGUUCGCGGGCCCUCCGAUACCUCAGGGCGAAGGCACGAGCGUUACUCGAGCCUUCUUGGAUGGCAAUCACACUCUAAUUAGCAUUAUGGCGCGCAUCAAUCCCAGUCCCGAUUGGUUCGUUGGCGUGGAUUCCUUCCAAUUGUGCGUCGAGGGCAAUUGGGUCGAUACCGUUACCGUUGAGCUCGACCCGCUGGAUGGAGGCACGGAUAACGGCUUCACAUUCACGGCUGCCAACUGGCCGACGCAGCCCCAAGGAAUCGCUUACAGGAUCACAUCCCGAUAUCCGCCACAUCCCGCGGGAAGCUUCUAUUAUCCGAAUCUACCUCGUCUACCGCCGAUAGCUACUCUCACAUUUACCAAGCUGCGCGAGUAUACCCUGACUGAAUCGUACCAUGAAGACGAUGUCUUGGUGGAAUUCGUCAGCAACGACAAUCUUCAAGCGAAUAGCGAGGUCCCCCGAGGAAUCGAUCCGAACAGGGACCUAAACGAGGCCAUAGCCGAGGAACGAAGGGAAAUGGACACCCAGAGAUACAGAUACUGGAGCACGGCAGGGAGCGGUCAACAGGUCGUGACGGACGUUCCGCGCGACAACAAGGCGGCGAUCAUCAACAGCAUCGCCUCGUCGUACGCGUCGUGGCAACGGCCGAGGUAUAACGUCACCCCGAUACCGCGAACUUCCAAGAUCAUCACCGUCAACGGCGAUAAAACGAGAAAACAGUACAGCGAGACAGGAAGAUCCGACUGGCCGUAUUAUCACACAUACAGACGAACGGCGGAGGCGCAGAAGGCGCAGAUCUACGAGGAUAUCCAGAGGAAGAUUACGAACGUGUCGAAUGUCUCGAGUAUCGAUUACUCAUUCGCGAGCAACGCGACCAAUUUGGCGGAUCAACGCCAGCACAGACUCAGGAUGAAGCAUCACGGGUUGACGUCCAAGGGCAAGCGAGUUAGAACACGCGCACCGAGAGAUUGCAAGGUCGGCGAAUGGGGUGCUUGGAGCGCGUGCAGUCGUAGCUGCGGGGUAGGCGAGACCCAGAGGACGCGGAAGGUCACGAUAAAGCCCCGCCGAGGUGGCGUCCCGUGUCCACCGCUGAAGGAGACCAAGUGGUGCGGCAGCGCAAAUCCGUGCAUAUCGGAGAGCAAGCCGAUCGAGUAUCAUUGGUAGUCAUCGUCGGGGAUCUUUCACGACCACGUGUACCAAAGUGACUCGCUCUCACGGACGAAAGGUCGCGCGGGCAAGCGGACGACGAGACGGGUGAGGAGCGAUUUAUGCGAGAAAUGCGCACGCAAACGGGACGCACGUGAUCGAUAUGAGUAAUUAAAUUAACGGAGAAUUAUGAUAUAAAGUUGACGUUGAGAAUAUCUUUUAUAUCGACAUAUGGGCGCUGGGAAUGUAUUACUGUGGACUGUGCUUUAGAAAGAGGGUAGUGAUUCGUGUGGUUUGACAAUAUAUAUUGCAGAAAAAUUUCGUAAUCAAUAACUCUGAUAUCUCAUAGAAAAAAAAGGGCUAGCGACCAUUGGCACCGGACGAUAAUACUAUGUAUGUUUACGCAAACGAUCGUGCACGGCGUACAUAUUUUUAUUAGGUGCGGCUUCUAAUGCGACAGCUUCAUAGUAUAAUUUUUUUAAUUACACUCAGAAUUUACGAGUAUUACGUAAACUCCGAGAAGCAUAAUCUCUGGUCGUCAUCGUUCGGCAAUUUUAUUUUACUCGCUUACACUUAUCAACGUGCAAUUCAUAUUAUUUGCAGCCCCGAAACUUUUCGAACAUUGAAAAUAAAGAUUGCCAAAGAGAAAUUCGAAUGACUGACUCGCAUCGUAUCGGGUUUCCGCGUGUAUCACUAAAACGCGUUUGAGGCUCGAUUUUCACGCUCAGAGAGCGCGGCGUUUUGAUUUUUUUUAUUUUUGGAGUAAUUGAACAAUCGAGCAUUGUUUGUCGAAUAUGUUAUAAAGUUGAAAGAUCAACGUGAAAGAGGAGAAAAAAUCGUAUACCUAUUUGCAAUAUCCGUUUCGCUAAUGCAACGCAGAUCUGCCAACUGUUUAUUUAUCUAGUCAUAUCAAUACGUCUGAGAUUAUAAAAAUACCAAAGAUUUGUUCGAUUAAUUGUUUUAUAUAUUAGUUUGACGAGAGAAUCACCGUUGAAAAUUAAAUUAAUUCGCGUCGAAAGCGAAUUUAACAUUGGAUAACGUGACGAUAGCACGCCUCGAUCUUUGCACGCGAUCGAAGGUAGAAAUGAACCACGGCAUAAUUGGAAAAUUGAUCCAACUUUCCGGAAGAAAAACGUUACGUGCAAUUAAACUGAUAGUUUAAUCGCCGGUACAAAUAAUAUACCGCGAAUGAUCGACGUGUACCACAUGCUCAGGCGCGAGAAUUUCUCCGGUGAAAUUUAACCGUCGCGUGCCACACCAUAGUCUCGCCGAGAUUAAGUCGACGUUUCUCGGAACCUAGUACAUUGCUUGUUAGAGCGAAGUUUUUAUCGGCUCGCUAUUUUCCAUCGCGAAACGAAAACGAUCUUGUGCGAGAGAUUUGCGAUGAAAUUCUCCUUAAACAAGGUACAAAUAAAGUUAUUAAUCAACUGAAGAUCUAAAUGAGAUCUCUUUUAAUUAAAAGAAAAUAUUGUUUUUUUUUUUAUAUUUUCUUGUAAAAUUGUAUAUUUUUUUUUUAUUUGAUAUAUUUUCAGAAUUCUAUGCUUACUUUAUUCUUUAUGAUAUAAUUUUUUGUUCCCAGAGAAAUUUUAUUUUCAAAAAAAUUUACAAGAUACGCUUGUGAUUUUUUUGCGAAGCGUCGUGCAAUGAUCGAAAGGGUCAAAAUAUCUCGCGGAAAGAAAAAAAAAAAGCGUAAGAUCGAUGUCCGCGUAGGGCGUGUCGAGUAAACGCCAGAGCGAUUUUCAGUGCGCUCAUACAUAUUUUCAGAAUCCCAGACAAGGUCGCGUGAGUGUUUUUCGCAAAGCGUCUCCUCGCUCGGUAGAGAAUACCGUGGAAAUUAAGCAGGAACCCAUAGAGCGAGUGUUCCGCAAAAUCGAUUUUUUUUUUUUUUCUCCACCGUCACCGAGAGUGCUGCAUCUCUCUCUCUCUCUCUCUCUCUCUCUCUCUCUCUCUCUCUUUCUCUGUCUAUCUGUUUCUCUCUCAUGGCGUGGUAGAGAAAUUUUUACAAAGAUAUCAUCAGGUACGUCUUAGGUGAGUGUAUUAUAUCUUAGGCAUAAAUUUAACGAUAAUAAUUAAUAAUUAACGUCUAAUUGUAACACUCGUUAAUUAUUAGGCCCGUAUUAAUCGCGUCCGCAAUGCGGAGUUUGGCGUUGAUCGUGAAGAAUGUUCGAAACUUCAAUUGUGAGAAAAAUCGUACCAUACCGUAGAGAGAGAUGGAUCUAUAGAUCUAAAAGUUUACUCGACGUUGAAUUCCGCACGCGACGUAUAUACGUUGACGCACGGCUUGUCCUUCGUAUUUAUUAGUGUCCGUAGCCACUAUUCUCACCGGAUAUUCAGUGCUGAAUGCUCGAUCGCGAAAAUUUAUUGAUAUAUAUAUAUAUAUAUAUAAUUUAUAUAAAAACAUAUUUAAAAAUAAAUAUAUAAAUAUAUAAAAAUAUAUAUAUAUAUAUAUAUAUAUAAAUAUAUAUGUAUAAAUAAAUA